UCACAUGAUAGAAAGUGGGCCAGAAAGGAAAGGCUGCAGGAAGAAAGAAUAAAAAAGAGUUCGAGCUCGUUUGGAUCUUUGCAUUUUAAAAAGUCCUUUUUUUUCUCACUCACAGGCAGACAAAAGAGAUCACUGAGUGAAUUCCAAUCACUACCUCUUGGCAGAAGAGAAGGAAUUGUUGUGUGAGCCUCAGGCCAUGGAGAUGAAUCAGGAAUGGAUUGGGUCGCCUUGUCUUCAUCCUGGGAGCCUUUCAGCUCGUGGAAGAUGUCAAAGCAAGAGCCCUGUGUCUUUUGAGGAAGUGGCCGUGUAUUUCACAGAGGAGGAGUGGGCACUGCUGGAUCCUGGCCAAAGAGCUCUUUACUGCGAAGUCAUGCUGGAGAAUUUCAGAAGUCUGGCCUUUCUGGAAGGGCGUUGGUCCUGCAAGCCUGACCUCAUCUCUUGGCUGGAGAAAGUUGGUGAGACAUUUGUCCAGGACUCCGCCCAAGCAAAGACUUCCACAGCUCCAUCUCCCCUGGAACACUGCACUCCACACCGGCGCAGGCAUCAACAGCACAGAAGCAACAGGGUGAGGUCAAACUUCCAGAUUAGGGUGCUGCGUAGCCACACUGCAUCCCACCGCCGAGAAGGAGAUGAGGGGAAGCAAAGUGAAGUCAAUGCGGGAAGAGACAAGGAUGUAGACAUGCAAGGAAAAGCUGGGAAUCGAGGCAGACCAAAGAGAGGAGGAAACCAGAAGCAGCAGAAGAAAUCAUUUCCCUUUCGAGGUGGGGACCUCCAGAAAACGCUCUUUGAAGAGAAACAACAUGAGAAAAGUAGAAGGAAAAAGCACCCUGUAGGUGGGAAAAUAUCUGGUUGCAAUUCUAAUUCUCAGAACCGUCCUAGAAUUCACAUUGGAAAGAAAUCAUAUCAAUGCUCGCAAUGUACAAAAAGCUUUAGGUGUCUCAAAAGCCUUGCUGUUCACCGAAGGGUUCACAUUGUGGAGAAACCAUAUAAAUGCUUGGCAUGCGGCAAAAGCUUCACUCGGAAAACAGAACUCACAUGUCACCAGAGGAUUCACUCUGGGGAGAAACUAUAUAAAUGCUUGGAGUGUGGGAAGAGCUUCCGUCAGAAGAAAGACUUUGCAAGUCACCAGAGGGUUCACACUGGGGAGAAACCAUAUAAAUGCCUGGAGUGUGGAAAGUGCUUUGGUCAGAACUCAAGCUUUAUUCGUCACCAAAAGAUUCACACUUGGGAGAAACCAUAUAAAUGCUUGGAGUGUGGGAAGAACUUUCGUGAGAAGAGUGACCUUGCAAUUCACCAGUGGGUUCACACUGGGGAGAAACCAUAUAAAUGCUUGGAGUGUGGGAAGAGCUUCAGUCGACAGACAGACUUUAAAGGUCACCAGAGGAUUCACUCUGGGGAGAAACCAUAUAAAUGCUUGGAGUGUGGGAAGAGCUUCCAUCAGAAGAAAGACCUUGCAAGUCACCAGAGGGUUCACUCUGGGGAGAAACCAUAUAAAUGCUUGGAGUGUGGGAAGAGCUUCAGUCGACAGACAGUCUUUUGGGGUCACCAGAGGAUUCACUCUGGGGAGAAACCAUAUAAAUGCUUGGAGUGUGGGAAGAGCUUGCGUUGGAAGAGCGAACUUGCAAGUCACCAGAGGGUUCACACUGGGGAGAAACCAUAUAAAUGCUUGGAGUGUGGGAAGAGCUUCAGGUGCAGUUCAAACUUUAUUACUCACUGCAGGAUUCACACUGGGGAGAAGCCAUAUAAAUGCUUGGAGUGUGGAAAGUGUUUUAGUCAGAGCACAAGGCUUAACUUUCACCAAAAGAUUCACACUGGGGAGAAACCAUAUAAAUGCUUGGAGUGUGGGAAGAGCUUCCGUUGGAAGAAAGACCUUGCAAGUCACCAGAGGGUUCACACUGGGGAGAAACCAUAUAAAUGCUUGGAGUGUGGGAAGAGCUUCAGGUGCAGCUCAAACUUUUCUUCUCACUUCAGGAUUCACACUGGGAAGAAACCACAUAAAUGCUUGGAGUGUGGAAAGUGCUUUAGCAGGAGCACAACCCUUAACCUUCACCAAAAAAUUCACACUAGGGAGAAAUAUAAAUGCUUGGAGUAGAAGCGGUACAAGUGCCCCAACUGUGGGAAAUGCUUUAAGAAACGAUCGGCCCUCCUCACACAUGAGAGAACCCAUACAGGAGAAAAACCGUAUGCUUGCUCUGAGUGUGGAAACAGCUUCAGUAACAAAUCCAGUCUGACCAGGCACAAGAGGAAACACACUGGAGAGAAACCCUUUGGCUGUGUAAUCUGUGGGAAAAAGUUCAGCCAGAGUUCGAGCCUGAUCAGGCAUGAAAGGAACCACACCGGAUUGAAACCUUAUAAAUGUUCAGACUGUGGUAAGAGCUUCAAGCAGAGCUCCAGCCUCCUUGUCCAUGGGAGAACCCACACAGGAGAGACGCCAUAUAGCUGCUCCAUCUGUGGGAAGAGCUUUUCCCAAAGUUCCAACCUGGUGAAGCAUGAGAGGAUCCAUACUGGCGAAAAGCCAUACCGAUGUUCAGACUGUGGCAAUACCUUCAGUAACAAAUCUAGCCUGACGAGGCAUAAGAGAAACCACACAGGACUGAAACCGUAUAAAUGUGCACACUGUGGGAAAAGCUUCAAUCGGAGUGAUCACCUUACUUCGCAUCAAAGGAGUCACACCCCAGAGAAACCAUAUACAUGCUUGGAAUGUGGCAAGAACUUCAGGAGGAGUGCAAAUCUUACAUAUCACCAAAGGAUUCACACAGGUGAGAAACCAUACAAAUGCUUGGAAUGUGGAAAGCGUUUCAGUUGGAGAGCAGAUUUUACUUGCCACCAGAGGCUUCACACAGGAGAGAAACCAUAUAAAUGCUUGGAAUGUGGAAAGAGCUUCAGCCAGAGUGGACACCUUACUUCUCACCAGAGGAUUCACACAGGGGAGAAACCAUAUAAAUGCUUGGAAUGUGGAAAGAGCUUUAGUCGGAAUGCUGAACUUACUUACCACCAAAGGAUUCACACAGGGGAGAAACCAUAUCAUUGCUUGGAAUGUGGGAAGAGCUUUAGUCGGAAUGCAGAACUAACUUCUCACCAGUGGAUUCACAUAGGGGAGAAACCAUAUAAGUGCUUGGAGUGUGGGAAGAGCUUCAGUCGGAGUGACAGACUGACUUCUCAUCAAAGAAUUCACUCUGGGGAGAAACCAUAUAAAUGCUUGGAAUGUGGGAAGAGCUUCUGUCGAAGAGAUAGUCUAACUUCCCACCAAAGGAGUCAUGUAGGAGAGGAAUCAUACCAAUUAGACUUGUUGAAAGAAAUUCUCUUAAUUCCUCUUUACCCAAUUUCUCCUUGAAACAAAUGAAUUUUAUUCCAUUUGUCAAGCAGUAACAUCUGCCAUUCUUUCUGAUCUUGCUACAUCAGAAAAGCCAUAUAGAUGCUCUGACCGUAAAAAGGUCUUGUGCCUAAUAAUACACUUUGCAAAGAACAUAGCUAGCUGUGGAAGAAACUUGAAGCAGGCAAAACUGAUACUGAGCAUAUAGGAAAGUAUUUAAAUAAUUCCUCUAUUGGAGUUAAAGCAGAGUGUUUUGUCCUGCUUUUUGUGAUCACAGUCUUGUUUAUCAUAGCCACUCAGUUAGCUGUAUAUGUUAGCUGGGGAUUUACUUGGGAUAAUGUAUACAUCAGUGUCAAAGAACUGCAAAAAAUUAAUGCCAAAUUUAUUGACAGUUGCUACGAAAUUGUUUGUGUGAUGGAAGGUGAAAGCUUUACAUAGUACUGAUGAUUGGCAGAGACAAGUCUGGUAUAUAAUGUUAAUGACUAAACGAACUAUUCAUAGAGAGAGAGAAAAAAUCCAGACAAUGUGUAUUAUCCAACAAUGAUAACUUUAUUGGAGCCAGAUGCUUUUAUGUACAGCAAGAAGAAAGCAAAGUAUGUUUUAAUUGAUUUUUUUCUAUAUAAAUUUUCAUGUUGAUAUUAAAAUAGUUAAUUUCUUUUGUUACAUGUUGGAUAACUAGUGUAUUGCACUUGUUAAAAUGUUGACAGCAGAAGACCAGUGUUCUGUUUUCAAAAAUGCCUUUUUGAGUUGCAUCAUUUCAAAAUGUUUGAUAUCUAUCCAUUGUUAUCAGUCAUUUCUUUGAUCAUCACCACACUGCUAGCUAUGUUCUUCAGUAGUUAAUUUCCUUUGUGGAGUAGGUGAAAGCAGUGCCAAAUAACAGCUGCUAGAAUAUUGGUAGACCAGUAAUGGGAACUGAAAACUGACUGAGACACAUCUGUUAUGUAAUAUUAGUGAAUAAAAUGAACUGUUUAUAGACAUUUCAAACAGAAAAUGCAAGAGAGAUUGUAUUUAUUCAACAAUGGGAACUUUAUUGGAGUCAGAUACUUUAACAUAGGUAAGAAGAGAGAUAUGCAUGUUUUUCUUUUUAUGGUGUUUUUCUGUAUACAUUUUGAAGGUUAGAAGAAGAGUUGGUUU